AUGGGCAGUUACGAUCUGACGUUGAUCAUCUUAACUCUUGCUUUGCCAUUGUUAUGGUGGUUCAGAGACUCCUUACCAUUCAUCGGAGGUAAACUACGCGAAGCCGUCGCUAGCAAGACCCACAGCAAUGGCUCAGUUAAACCAUCGGUCGAUCAUGGCGAUCCGAGAGAUUUUGUUCAAAAGAUGGAUCGAGCAAUUGUUGAAUUUGACUCCAUCUGCUGCCAGGGCAAACGUUGUGUCAUGUUCUAUGGGUCUCAAACGGGUACAGCUGAAGAAUACGCUCUUCGACUGGCCAAAGAAGCCAAAUCACGAUUUGGCAUCUCAUCCCUCGUCAGCGAUCCAGAGGAAUACGAGUUCAACAUUCUAGAUCAGGUUCCUGAGUCGAAUGUCUUGUUCUUCGUCAUGGCCACGUACGGAGAAGGUGAACCGACGGACAACUCUGCCGCAUUCAUGGAAUUCAUCAUGGAUCCUUCGGUGGAAUUUAGUAAAGGAGGAAGCACGCUUGAGAAUCUACACUAUGUGAUCUUCGGUCUGGGCAACAGGACAUACGCCUAUUAUAAUGAGAUCGCUCGAAAGUUGGACAGCCGUCUGACUGAGCUUGGAGCCAAGCGAGUGGGAGAACGUGGAGAAGGAGACGAUGACAAGUCGAUGGAAGAGGAUUAUCUCGCUUGGAAAGACGGCAUGUGGGAAUCUUUCUCAUCGACCAUGGGUGUCGAAGAAGGAGGUGCAGGAGAUGUCCCCGAUUUCUCAGUCACUGAAGUCAAUGCUCAUCCCGCCGACAAGGUCUAUCAUGGAGAAUUAUCACCUCGAGCUUUGAUCGCUUCCGCAAGUGGGUCGAAUACGCCUAUCGGAUCGUACGAUUCCAAGAAUCCUUUCCCUGCCCCAGUACUCACCUCAAAGGAACUCUUUGCCGUAGGCGGGGAUCGAAACUGUGUCCAUAUCGAAUUUGACAUCACUGGAUCUGGAAUGAGCUAUCAACAUGGCGAUCACGUUGGCGUCUGGCCUUCCAAUCCGGACAAAGAGGUUGAUCGAUUCUUGUCUGUCCUCGGUCUUGCUGGAGAAGAUCAUCGCCACGCCAUCGUCAGUAUUGAAUCACUUGACCCCGCCCUCGCGAAAGUUCCUUUCCCCACGCCAGCGACUUAUGAAGCCAUUUUCCGUCACUAUCUCGACAUUUCCGCCAUCGCCUCUCGUCAGACCAUAGCGUUUCUAGCGAGAUACGCUCCUACGGACCAAGCGAGAGAUCGUUUGACACGCUGGGGAUCCAGCAAGGAGAUCUAUGCGGAUGAGAUCGAUGGUCCAGCUCUCAAGCUUGGUGAAGUGCUUCAGGCUGCUGUUGGUGACGAAGUAGACGGCGAAGCGCCCUUCAACUCGACGGUUUGGCCUAUUCCGUUCGACCGGAUCGUCUCACUCGUGCCUCGUUUGGGACCACGGUACUACUCCAUCUCCUCAUCAUCCAAGCUAUACCCUUCGUCAAUCCAUGUCACUGCCGUCGUCUUGAAGUACCAAACCACACCCUCAUUUGCUCAUAAACGCAUGCCGCGAUGGGUCUUUGGUUUAUCCACCAACUUUAUCCUCAACGUCAGAAUAGCCAGCAGCGGUACAAAUACUCCGGUUGAAGAUCACAGCUUAUCCAACGGUGUUGGGACGCUAGGUGGAGAGUCACCCUCGGCCGUGUCAUUGGCCAAGAUGCCCAAAUACAAACUCGGAGGUCCGAGAGGUCAUUACAUCAAAGAGAACGUAUACAAAGUGCCCAUCCACGUCCGACGAUCGACGUUCAGACUUCCGACGUCUCCGAAAGUCCCAGUGAUCAUGAUCGGACCGGGAACCGGAGUGGCUCCAUUCAGAGGCUUCAUUCAAGAACGUGUAGCCCUUGCACGGAAAGCAAAGGAGAAGAAUGGUCCCGAUGCAUUGAAAGAUUGGGCCCCGAUACAUUUGUUUUAUGGAUGUCGAAGAGAACACGAGGAUUACCUAUACGCGGAAGAAUGGCCCCAAUAUGCCGAGGAGCUGGACGGCAAAUUCAACAUCCAUGUUGCUUUCUCAAGAGAGAUGAAGAAGCCAGAUGGUAGCAAAGUCUAUGUUCAAGAUUUGAUACAUGACCUUCGGGCUGAUCUUGCCAAGUUGAUAUUGGAUAAACGGGCUUACAUCUACAUCUGUGGAGACGCAAAGAGUAUGCAAAAGAGCGUCGAGGAAGAGUUGAAGAUCAUGCUGGGCGAAGCAAAGGGCGGCAGCGCUCAAGUAGAAGGAGUAAAGGAGUUUAAAUUGCUCAAGGAUAGAAAUCGUCUGAUGACGGAUGUGUGGAGCUAA